CACCUGAGAAAGAGCAAGGGGAAGGAGGGGGUCUGGACAACAGAAAUAGAGAAGAAGAGCCAGAUAUCAGCGUCGAGUCUGUUCACAGACGCAGAGGACAGGAGCGGAGGAAGACCUCCACGCUGAUGAUCUCCUAGGAGACAUCGGGACAUUUCUCUGACUGCUGCAAGUCCCUCCAUUCAACAGACAGGAUGGCUCGGGACAUGUCAGAUAAAGAGAUCCUGAAGAUGGAGCUAGACCAGCUGAAGGUGGAAGUGAACACUACCCGAAUUGCGGUUUCAACAACAGCCCCAGAAAUCAUUGCUUUCGUUGAGGAGAAGUCUGGCGAAGACCCUCUGGUCAAGGGCGUCCCAGAGGACAAGAACCCAUUCAAGGAGAAGGGAGGCUGCAUUAUCACGUAGCAGUGGCCCUGGGGGAACCAGGGCUAUGUUCUAAUAUCUACUUUUGUAUAAAGGUUAUUUGUACUAGAAACUCUGAACCGUUUAGCAUCCACUGUAGUUUUGAAUAUUAUUCAGCUCCAGAAGUUUAAGAGGACACCCUCAUGUCAUUCAAUACCUUUUAUGAUAUGAUGUUUUCUGUCUGCUUUUAAAAUAAACUCAUUAGCAAUCUAA